UUAUAAAAAACAACUUUUUUAAAUCAUAUUUGCUCCAUUUCUACCUACUGCAGCUUUAAAAGUGUGUGUUCUAUGUUUUGGCUGCAAGACAAAUUUCCCCCUGGGGAUAAUAAAUUAGAGUUUGGAUUGAAACUUUACCAGAAUAAAACAAGAACACAAUCCAGAGAGAAUCAGAGAAAAUAAAACACGUUAAAAUUGGUGUAAAAAAACGACUUUGUGAUGUUGAUCUUCUCAGUAUGGUACACUAAUAUUCAGUAUAAUUUACUACAAAGUAUGAUUUAUAGUUUAAAACUUUAGGCUCCUUGUUUCAGAUUUGUAUCUGCUGUUGUUUUGAUGAAGACAGACUGCUUUCAAGAGGAAGAGGAGGAGGAGGAGGAGGAGAGAGUUUAGAGUGGGAGGCUAAACAGUCUAAGAUGUAGUCAGAUGUGAAUGAAAACAGGAGAAGUGGGUCUGAGCCUGUUCUGUCCCAGACAGGCGAGAUCAGCGCCUGUUGGGGACCACCAUGACCCUGGACAGAGAGCUCAUGGAGGAGACGGACAUUGACGUGGAGGGAAGUAGUGAAGAUGUGCAGAUCACAGGUUUCUCAGUGAGAAAUAAUCCAGACGCCUCAUCAUCAUCAUCAUCAUCAUCAUCCUUCCCUCCUGAGGGAGAUUUUGCAGUCCGGCUCCAGGAUGGUCCAGCAGGCAGGAGAGGCUCCUCGGUGAAGCCUCCCUACUCCUACAUCGCUCUCAUCACCAUGGCCAUCCUGCAGAGCCCGAAGAAGAGACUCACCCUCAGCGAGAUCUGUGACUUCAUCAGCAGCCGCUUCGCUUAUUAUGGAGACAAAUUCCCUGCGUGGCAAAACUCAAUCCGGCACAACUUGUCUCUGAAUGACUGCUUUGUGAAAAUGCCCCGGGAGCCUGGGAAUCCUGGCAAGGGGAAUUAUUGGACCCUGGAUCCCAUGUCUGCUGGGAUGUUUGAGAAUGGGAGUUUUCUUCGGAGGAGGAAACGCUUCAAGAGGCAACAACAUUUCUAUUUGAAGGAGUCCAGGGUGAAGGAGCGCAGCUUGGUGUUCCCUCUCCUCGGAGCGCACAGGAUGAGUCUCCAUCAGGGUCCUGAUUUAUACCACGACCUGGGUUUAAGGAGUCGAUUAAAUCCGCACACAACUGGUCCCAGCAUCAUCUCACCUGUGAGCAGCAUCAUACCUGCGCUCUCCUCGCUCCUCUCCAAGAGUUUCCCCUCGUGUCUGACCUUUGAACAUCUGGACGCUGGACGCUGCGCCGCUGCUGUGCCACAUCUGGCUCCAAACUGCUCCUUCAUGCCUCCUGUCUCUCUGCACGGGAUGAUACCCAACUAUCCGGUUUCUCAGCUGUCCAAUUUCCCCAGUGGCAUCAUAAAAAGUUUCGUCUAAUUUAAUUUAAUUUAAUGUCCCCGUCUGUCUUUGAACGGAAUCUUCUUCUUCCCCCUCAGCCUGAGAAUAAACACAUUAUGUAAAAUACAUUUUAAUGAUGAUGAUCCAAGCUUAAAACAGGCCUCCAUAUUUAGAUAUUUGUUUUGGAAAUAACUGAUAUUGUACAGUUAUUAAAUAUGUUUGGAGUAAAACGUGAUUGAAUUU